UGAAGUUCCAACCGUUCCGCCGCAGCAUGAGGGAGGUAGUUUUAGUGAUACUGGGCCUCGUGGCCAUGGCCGCAGCACGUCAAGUGGAUGAUAACACACUUGUAACUUUAGACAUCAAACAAAGACAAACCUUCAUCUUUAAAUUACUGAAUAAAGUAAUGGAACCUGUCAUGUACAAGGAAAUCGAAGAAAUAGGCAAGAACUAUAACAUCGAAGAAAACGUGAACCUUUAUACUAAAACAGAUGUGGUCAAAACGUUUAUCAACAAUCUUAAGAUUGGCACAUUACCUCGUGGGGAGAUCUUUACUAUUCACGUCGAUCGUCAACUGAAAGAAGUUGUGACGAUGUUCCACGUGCUGUAUUAUGCCAAAGACUUUGUCACCUUCAUCAAAACCGCUUGCUGGAUGCGCCUAUACCUUAACGAAGGCAUGUUUGUCUAUGCCCUCACUGUAGCCGUCAGGCAACGUGAAGACUGCAAAGGGAUAAUUCUGCCACCACCCUAUGAAAUUUAUCCCUACUACUUCGUUCGUGCUGAUGUAAUACAGAGGGCUUAUUUUUUGAAAAUGAAAAGAGGCCUACUUGAUAAUAAACUAUGUGACUUUUACGGAAUCAGAAAAUCCGAGAAAGAUAUUUUAAUUAUAGAUGAGAAUAUUUAUGAUAAAAGAGUUGUCCUCAAUAAGGAUAACGUCCUCAAUUAUUUCACUGAAGAUAUUGAUCUUAAUACAUAUUAUUAUUAUUUCCAUGUUGAUUAUCCAUUCUGGAUGAAAGAUGAAGUUUUCGACAAAAACAAAUUCAGACGUUUUGAGCUUAACCUAUAUGUGUAUCAACAAAUCCUUGCACGCUACUACUUGGAGCGCCUGUCUAACGGUCUGGGCAAAAUUGAACCUUUGUCAUGGCAUAAACCUAUCAGAAAGGGGUACUGGCCUUGGUUGGUAUUGCACAAUGGUGUACAGCUGCCUUUGAGGGCUAAUAACUAUGUUGUUGUACGAGAUGAUAAUAUUGAGUUAGUCCGCUUGGCGGAGGGCUAUGAGCAGAUCAUAAAGGAUGCUAUAAUUAAAGGAUUCGUUGAAGUAAGUAUCAAAUAUAAUGUAAUAUACGUCAUAUUAUCUGAAACGUAUAAAAAUUACCUCGAGACAUGUUUGAUUUUUUUUACAGAUCAACGGUGUAAGACUUGAAUUAACUAAAGCUGAGGAUAUAGAAACGCUCGGAAGACUUAUCUAUGGCAAAAUUGAUAAGAAAUUGGACAAUCUACAAGUUGACGCUUAUCGUUACCUGCUCAUCAUCGUGAAGUCUAUUCUGGGUUACAACGAUCCUUUCAAUAACAAGUACGUAUUAUUUUUUUUUUAUUCAAUCAUAGACGUGUACCAUUUAUAAAUAGAGAUAUUAAAAUAAUAAAUUAUUUCUUGUUACUUUGAUAUUAAUCAUUUUGUUGAUUUAUUAUAGUUUUAAAAAAUGGUUCUUAUGAUGAAUGAUAAAACUUAUUACAGAUACUUCGUGGCUCCAACAAUCCUAGAUAAUUAUCAGACUGCUCUCCGCGAUCCAGUAUUCUACCAACUUCAAAAGCGCCUCAUUGAUUUAGUGUUCUUAUUCAAGCUGAGAUUGCCAUCGUAUAACAGAGAUGACCUAUACUUCCCCGGAGUAAAGAUCGACAACGUAGUCACCGAUAAGCUUGUUACAUAUUUUGAUGACUACUUAAUGGACAUGACCAAUGCUGUUAUUCUCUCCGAAGAUGAGCUAAAGAAGACUAGCUCUGACUUGAAAUUCCUCGUACGUAAGCGCCGCCUCAACCACCAGCCGUUCAAAGUUACUGUUGAUGUUCUCUCCGACAAAGCUGUAGACUCUGUCGUCAGAAUAUUCUUAGGACCGAAAAAUGAUGAGCUCGGUCGCUUACUUGAUAUCAAUAGUAACCGUGUCAACUUCGUAGAACUAGAUAGCUUCAUAUACAAAUUGUCAACUGGUAAAAAUACUAUCGUCAGGAAGUCUGUGGACAUGCACAACCUUGUCCGUGACAGAAUUUUCACACGUGAUCUGUGGAAGAAGGUGGAUUCCAUCUCCGACUUUAGAGACCUUCUAAUCAAGGAUCUUAGAAACUAUCAUACUGGAUUUCCUGCAAGGUUGCUCCUCCCGAAAGGUUUCGUAGGCGGUAUGAAUUUGUGGUUGUAUGUUAUUGUGACGCCUUUGAAGUUAGUGGAUAAUGUUGACCUCAACAUCUUGGACUCAAGUCGCAAAGAUUUAGUCGUGGACUUUAGAUCAACCACCUUGCUGGACAAGAGGCCUCUUGGCUUCCCAUUCGAUCGUCGCAUCGAUGUCGCUAAAUUCUUCACACCUAACAUGAAAUUCAUUGACGUUGCAAUCUUCCACAAGCAGCAAGUAUGUGAUAUGAGAACUCGUUGGGAGAAAUGGGUUUUGAGAGAUUAUAUAGUAUCAGAUAGAAGUCCUCUCGAUGAUUCAGUCUUUGUAGACACUGAUCUCAAUAAAGUCGCUCUUGACCAUGAUGUUAAUAUUUUUGACGUUUAGAUUAAAUAAUCGUAAUAUAUAGCGAAUUAAAGAACUAAUCCUUAAUAUUAUAAAUGAAUACUUUAAAUUAAAAGCAAUACAAAAAUACAAAAAAUAGAUUUCAAUAGUAUUACAUAAUGGUUUUCUUUUAAUACCUACCUUAGUACCUAAUAGUUAUAUGUAACUAACAAUGAAUUGAACAGAACAGCUUAAAUUUUAUUGCCAACAUAAUUUGCAGAUGUCAUCGCAUAAUAAAAUAUAAAAAUUGGUAAUCUAUAAAAUAAAUAUAUCUUUACUUAAAAAUAAAAGUUGCAAAUAAAACUUAUCAUGGAAUUGAAAACAGAACAUUUAUAAGGAACAUACAAUUAUUUAAAAAAUAAAACAUAGAGUAUAAACAAGGAACCUGAAAAUUAUAAAUGAAUAUUCAUUUUUAUAAAAAUAAGCAA